AAGACUCGUGUCACGUUCGUUAAUCGAUUCCCCGCCCACCCCAUCUCAUCUUCUCAUCUCCUUCUUUCACGCUUCCCUCGCUCAUCUUCUGCCUCUGUCCCUCUCUUUUCCGUCUUUCUCCUCACUCUCUCCCUCUCUCUCGUCUGCACUUUACCACCACCACCAACCCCCCCUCCGCCGCCCUCACUGCCACCUCUCUCUUGCUUCUCUCUGUAGCUAAGAUGACUGCCGUGACAAUUCAAUGAGAGGAGAGGACGCCAAGUGAAGUACCCCCCCCCCCCCCCCCCCCACCUCGCUUGACUCGCUGGAAAGGAGCGAAGGAGUGCUCAAGGUAAAAAAGAGAAGAAGCUAGAAGCUGAGGGGGAGAGAAGAGUAGGAGAAGGGCAAAAAAGAAGGAAGCAAAAGUGACUGAGGAACGACAGAGAGAAGGGGAAGGGGCGAGAAAAGCGAAGGAUAAACGGUGGAUGGAGGCGGCUCGGACCGGGGCUACGGAGCGCUCUUCACUGACGGAGAAGCAGAAGAAGAAGAACAGCAUCAGCAGGGGGGAGAGGAGAUGGAGGCGAAAGGGAGAAACAUGCCCUCAGAUAUCAGUUUCCUUCCCCGCCCGGCGAUGGUGUGGUGCGAGCGGGGCAUCCAGGUGCUGCUGACCACCAUGGGAGCGUUCGCAGCCUUCGCCCUGAUGACCGUGGCCAUCGGCACCGACUACUGGCUGUACGCCCGCGCCUUCAUCUGCAACAGCACGGCCAACUCCUCCCAGGACGACUCCAACAACAAGGACAAGAAAGACCCCGGGGCGCUCACACACUCGGGCCUCUGGAGGAUCUGCUGCCUGGAAGGCUUAAAGAGGGGAGUGUGUUCCCAGAUCAACCAUUUCCCCGAUGACGCCGACUACGACCAAGAUGCUGCGGAAUAUCUGCUGCGUGUGGUGAGAGCCUCCAGCAUCUUCCCCAUCCUCAGUGCCAUCCUGCUCCUCUUGGGUGGAGUGUGCGUUGCCUCCAGCAGCUUCUACAAGAGCAAAAGGAACAUUAUCCUCGGCGGAGGGAUCCUCUUUGUAGCCGCAGGCCUCAGCAACAUCAUCGGCGUGAUCGUGUACAUCUCGGCGGCGCUGAGCGACAUCUCGCCCAAGAAGGACGAGGACAAGAAGUGGCACUACUCCUACGGCUGGUCCUUCUACUUCGGCGGCCUGUCCUUCAUCCUGGCCGAGAUGGUCGGCGUCCUCGCCGUCAACAUCUACAUCGAGAAGAACAAGGAGCUGCGCUGCCGCUCCCGCACCGACCUCUUCAAGAGCACCACGCACGCCAUGCUGCGCCUGCCCAGCUACCGCUUCAGACGGCGCUCCCGCUCCAGCUCGCGCUCCACCGACCCGCCGCGCUCGCAGGAGACCUCGCCCAUCGGCGCGUCCAAGACCUUCAGCCUGCCGCCGUCCGCCCCGCCGUUCUCCGUGGCCACCCUGCCCAACCCGCACCACACCAGCAGCGGCGGGAGCGGCGGCGGCGGCGACAUCUCCAUGUACACCCUGUCAAGGGACUCCAAGCUGGGCAGCCUGGGGGGAGGGGCCCCGCCCCUCUACGGCACGGUGGACCGCGCCACGCUCUACCAGCUCCACAACUACUUCCCCAAGGAUUCCAGCGGCAGCGGGAGCGGAGGAGGGGGCAGCGGAGGUGGAGGAGGAGGGGGAGGCGCGCCCAUUAGUAGCGGUACGCUCCCGUCUCACUCCAAGUCCAACCUGGCGGCGGCGGCGGCGGCCGUAGCCCAAAACACGGCGCCGCUGAAUACUUCCACGUCGGCCGCCGCGCCGGCCGCGCCGGCCCCGAUCUCCACGGCCACCAUGGAGAGGGACAGGGGCAACGUGGGAACCCUGGAUCGACUCACAGCCAAACGGGACCGCGACAGCAACUCAGACACACUGAACAGGAAAACCACGCCAGUCUAAAACCUCAGAGAGGCGGCGAAGAGGGGGAAAAGAGAUUAAUGUAAACUAAAAACA